CACAUCAGUAUGAAUUUGAAUUAAUGGAAGACACAUCCAACUGCUGUACAUGUUGAAAUUGCCACAGCACAACAGGAAAUAACCACUCACGUAACCCUAUCCUAUUACUACUCAAGUUCCAUCUCUGCUUCAUCAAAGUGAAAGUCCCACUCUUAAAAAGGAUCCAAGAAAGUAACUUACAAGGACAUGUUUUUGCUCUAAACUUUGCUCUAAAUUUUGUAAAUUGAGUUUCCAAACUGAAAUCCUCAGUCCUUGCAAAUCUGUAUUUUGAAAAGAUUAAUUGGAAUAACAAUUUCAACACUCCCUUUCUGUGAUUCCCUACUUCUCUUUAAAUUUGAGUGAAUAAUAUUAAUUCGAAUAUGUGCAAGUUCGACAAAAGUCAAGUUAAAAUCACUCAACUCAUAUUUUUUGUCUUGAGCAUGACAUGCAUCAUGUUUAACAAUCCAAGUGCUGGUACAAUCCUCCAUGCUAGAGAAGGGGAGACCGUAGCCCUUAACUUUUCAUACCCAUGUGACAGCACCACAACCACUUUGCGACAUGGAUACAAGUUACCCUUCUACAACUCGGCAAAACAAGAUAACCCAACACCGCUGCGAUAUGACCUUCAACAUUUUGAGGAUAGUGGCACAGAUGCUACCUGCUUGGUCCGUUUAACCAUAAAUCCUGUUUCACGAGAUGACGAGGGAACGUUUAUUCUCUCGGUAUAUAACGGGAGUGAGUUGCUACCCGACUACCCAAGGAUAGGGUUACGUGUUGGUUACCCUCCUGGUAAGGCAUCGUGCGGAUCAAGCAGUGGCCAUCUAGAUGGGGUAUGGAUGAAGCUACACUGCACUGCUCCCAAAGGAAACAUAGCAGGCCAAAUUCAGUGUUACCAGAAUAGUCUACGGCUUCCGCAUUUAAACAGACCGGUUGAACGUGGUGGGUCCUUGCAUCAGGUCAUACUGGCAAGAAUGACUAAUCAUUUCGUACAAUGUUGUUCUUCCAUCUUCGAUCAAACCAAGACCAUAUCACAAUGUGUGGAUGGUGGAUGGGAUCCAGUCAAGAAUGAAGCUAUUACAAAUAUGACAGACUGGAACACUACUCCCUCACCUUUCCCACAAUCAGCAACAAACUUGCUUCCAGGCCGAGGAAGCAAUGCUCCUUCUUCUAAUCAAACCUUGAUACCAGAUGCGAUAGAAAGCAAAAAGAUGCUUUUGAAGAGGUCCCUAAUUAUAGUAAUUGGGCUUCUGAGCUCAUUCAUAAUUAUCAUGAUCAUUGUUACAUGCAUCAAGUGUAUUAUAAUAAAAAAGAUUUCAGCCCAAAACCAACAUGUAACUACAUGUACAUGUACAGGACUUCGUGACAUGACUUCGAGCUAAACGGACGCAUUGAGCAGAGCUCCCACCACCCUUUGAGAUUACACGUUACAUAAUAGAAAUUAUGGCAUCCCAUGGUCCGAGGCCUGUUACACAGCAAACUGCAAGUAAGCAGCCGGCCCCAUCGGCACCCUUGACUGACAAAGUUCGCUCGCCUACUACCCCGGAUCCCUCUAACGCUGUUUUACAGCGAGAUAUUGCAGACUUUUCUGACAAAAUAUUAUCCAAACUUGAUAAUAUCAACACCGAGCUGCA